AUGUCUCUUGAUGAUCCCCCAAAUCCUUUUCUUAUGCCAAACAGAUCAAUGUGUGUUCCAGAGUCUAACAGUAGCAAUAACAACACGACCACUUUCACACACAUUCUGCUAAUUUCAUCCAUUGGCUUGCUCUUAGCCGUUGCACUGCAUUACCGUUUAAGGAAGCUACGUAACUCCAAGAUCAUCCCUCGUAUCAGAUUGUCUCACAAACACAAAGGCCAUGAGAAGCUCGAGAGAUUCUCUCACUACGUCGUGCGGCAGAUGGGUUUCAAGGACAGGAGAGAAUGUCCUCAUCUCUGCAAAUUAGCCAAUGAGUACAUUCGGAAAUCGGAUUGCUGCGAGGAAGACAUUUACAGCUUUUUCUCUGAAGAGCCUGAUGCUGAUUCUCUCUUCAUUAAGCUCGUCGAGGAGUUUGAGAGAUGUAUUCUUAGUUACUUUGCUUACCACUGGACCCAUGCGGAUCUCAUGAUCAGUCAGAUACUCAGUGCCGAUGUUGAGCCCAAGAAGAAGCUCAAGCACAUUGUCAUGGCGGCUACGAGGGAACAGAGGUUUGAGAGGGUGACUAAAAAUCUGAAAGUCGCAAGAGUCUUUAACACACUUGUAGAGGAAAUGAAAGCAAUGGGGAUCGCAUCCGUUGAUGACUCAGAGUGUACAGAAGUUAUGGCUCCAGUUGCACACAAGGACCGAAGCCCGGUUCUACUCCUUAUGGGUGGUGGUAUGGGUGCAGGAAAGAGCACUGUACUAAAAGACAUUCUCAAAGAACCAUUUUGGGCAGGAGCAGAUGCUGUGGUAAUCGAAGCAGAUGCCUUCAAAGAAUCUGAUGUGAUAUACAGAGCUCUAAGCUCCAGAGGCCACGUUGAUAUGAUCAAGACUGCUGAAUUCGUUCACCAAUCAUCAACAGAUGCAGCAUCAUCACUGCUCGUUACAGCUCUAAAUGAAGGGCGGGACGUGAUAAUGGAUGGAACACUCUCUUGGGUACCAUUUGUGGUUCAGACCAUAACCAUGGCAAGGAAUGUGCAUCGCCAUCGUUACAGAAUGGGAGCUGGCUACAAGGUUGGUGAAAACGGAGAUGUCAUAGAGAACUAUUGGGAACGCAUAGGCGAAAGACAACAGCUGCAAGAAGAUGGAAGGGAGAGAAAGCCAUACAGGAUAGAGUUAGUUGGAGUUGUGUGCGAUGCGUAUUUAGCAGUGAUUCGAGGCAUUAGGAGAGCAAUAAUGUGUAGAAGAGCGGUUAGGGUGAGAUCUCAGCUAAGAUCUCACAAGAGGUUUGCGGAUGCGUUUCUUACCUAUUGCAACCUAGUUGACAAUGCCAGGCUUUACUGCACCAAUGCUCUCGAAGGUUCCCCAAAGCUGAUAGGGUGGAAAGAUAAGGAAAAGACAUUGCUAGUGGAUCCAGAGGAGAUAGACUGUUUGAAGAAUGUAGGGAGGUUAAACGAGAAUGCAGAUUCAAUUUACGAGCUAUACAAUAGACCAAACCCUGCUUGUGAAGCAGGAUCGAUAUGGAAAGACAUUGUUCUAUCACCUUCCAGGUUCAACAUUCAACAGGAGCUCAAAUACUCAAUUCAGAAAGUUGAAAGAUCCAAACAAUAUCUCCAAGAAACACCAAGGUGA